AGCAUCUCCUCCAGAUUUCUCUUUUCAGCGCCCACGCCAACCUCAGCCGUCGCCUCCGCCCGCGAGCUCACUCCCUCCCACCUCCCCCACACCGACCGCCACCUGCCUUCGCCUCUCCCGGCGGUCAAGCGCGCUGUCUGUCCCCGCCGCCGCGCGCCGCCUGCCUCAACGGGGACGGGGGGCAGCGGCCGGGGAGGUCCUGCUGCUCCUCGGCGGCGAGGCCGUGAACCACCACGGCCGCCGGCCGGCCAGCCUCAAGCAAAUAGAUCGGGCGCCGCCCCCGUCCGGAGAGGAAGAGGAGAGCUCUGAGCACGGACAGCAACCUUCCCCGACGCCUCCCCCAACGUCCGGAUCGAGCCCCAUCCUCCACGGACGGCGCCUCCCCUUCCGGAUCGAGCAGCUGGUCUUGGCGGCGGCGGGAGGCAAGCUGCAGAGGAGGGAGACGGGGAAGGGAAGAGGGCCGUAGCUUCUCCUAUCCAUUACAUCUGCCAACUGUUCAGCACAAUGAAGCCCUCAGAUGACAGGAUGCAACUCUUAGGUUUGACGCAAUCGGAGGAGUCAUCGCUUGACGUGGAGGGGUACUGCUAUCAUAAUGAGACCUUUCCUUGUUCUCCGUCGAUGCAACCGAUUGCUUCUGGGUGUGUACACACAGAGAACAGCGCGGCGUAUUUCUUAUGGCCGACAUCAAACCUACAGCAUUGUGCGGCAGAGGGACGAGCAAACUACUUUGGGAACCUUCAGAAAGGACUACUGCCAGUGCUCCCUGGCAAGUUGCCCAAGGGCCAGCAAGCAAAUAGCUUGCUUGACUUGAUGACCGUAAGAGCUUUCCAUAGCAAGAUAUUGCGGCGUUUCAGCCUUGGGACAGCAGUGGGCUUCCGCAUAAAAAAAGGUGUUCUGACAGAUAUCCCUGCGAUUAUUGUCUUCGUUGCCAGGAAGGUUCACAAAAAGUGGCUUAAUCCAAACCAAUGCCUUCCUGCUAUUCUUGCGGGUCCUGGAGGUGUUUGGUGUGAUGUUGAUGUUGUAGAAUUUUCAUACUACGGUGCACCGGCUCAAACACCUAAAGAACAAAUGUUUAGUGAGCUUGUUAAUAAGCUGUGUGGCAGUGAUGAAUAUAUAGGUUCAGGCUCUCAGGUUGCAAGCCAGGAUACAUUUGGAACUCUAGGUGCAAUUGUGAAACGGCGCACCAACAACAGGCAGGUUGGUUUCCUCACCAACCGGCAUGUUGCAGUUGACUUGGACUAUCCUAACCAGAAGAUGUUUCACCCAUUGCCACCCAAUCUUGGGCCUGGUGUUUAUCUUGGAGCUGUCGAAAGGGCAACAUCUUUCAUCACAGAUGAUGUUUGGUAUGGAAUUUAUGCUGGAACAAACCCAGAUAUGCUACCCUGCUGUGGACGUGCAGAGACAUUUGUACGAGCUGACGGGGCAUUCAUCCCAUUUGCUGAUGACUUUGACAUUUCCACGGUCACAACUAUAGUUAGGGAAGUUGGUGAGAUUGGGGAUGUUAAGGUUAUAGAUCUGCAGUGUCCUAUCAAUAGUCUCAUAGGAAGGCAAGUUUGCAAAGUCGGCAGAAGCUCGGGUCACACAACUGGGACUGUGAUGGCAUAUGCCCUUGAGUACAAUGAUGAGAAAGGCAUAUGCUUCUUCACGGACCUCCUCGUUGUUGGUGAGAACCGCCAAACAUUUGAUUUGGAAGGCGAUAGCGGAAGCCUUAUUCUCCUAACCAGUCAGGAUGGGGAGAAGCCACUUCCUAUAGGGAUAAUAUGGGGUGGCACUGCAAACCGUGGGAGGAUAAAGCUUACAAGUGACCAUGGCCCUGAGAAUUGGACUACCGGAGUUGAUCUUGGCCGCCUUCUUGAUCGUCUGGAACUUGAUCUUAUCAUAACCAACGAAUCACUCAAAGAUGCUGUGCAGCAGCACAGGAACGCUUUGGUGGCUGCAGUCAUCUCUGCUGUUGGGGAGUCUUCCACGGUGGCUGCAACUGCUCCAGAAGAGAAGGCCGAAGAGGUCUUCGAGCCUUUGGGGAUCAAAAUUCAGCAGCUGCCUCGUCAUGACGUGACAAUCUCUGCAACUGAAGGGGAGGACACCGCCAACACAUCGGCCGACGUAGAAGAGCAUCAGUUCAUCUCAAACUUCGGCAGUAUGUCUCCAGCACGUCGCGACCAAGACACUCCAAGGAACAUCGGCAAUUUGAACAACCCAUCAGAAGAAGAGCUCACCAUGUCGCUGCACGUAGGCGACAGGGAGCCCAAGCGGCUUCGUUCAGAUGCAGAAUCAAACCUCGACCUCGAGAAACGCCCUCGUCUGGACCCAGAAUCGAGCCUAGACCUGGAGAAGGGGCCUCGCUCUGACCCGGAAGCAAGCCUAGACCUCGAAAAGCGCCCUCCUCCGGACAGAGAACCAAGCCUAGACCUGGAGAAGCAGCCUCGUUCAGACCCAGAAGCGAGAGUCUAGACCUGGAGAAGCGGCCUGGUUCUGACCCAGAAGCGAGCCUAGACUUGGAGAAGUGAGCGCUCAAUCUCGACAAUUCUGGAAUGAGCCUGAGGACAAUCAAAGUGAGUAGAUCAAAGAUCUCCUGCAGUUCAGCAAAUUGGAAUUGCAAGUAUUAGCUUAAGUUAACUAUUGGCUUCCCUUCGUGGGAAACGUAUCAUGUAGUACUAUGUAUGGCAGUUGAUUCAGCUCUUGUAGGUUGUUUGGGUGGUAACCCUGCAGUUUUGCUGUGCCCAUAAGAUUUGAUAUACACAAUGCUGAAUCCGAAUCCCUUUUUUUUGUUUGAAAAACAAUGUCCUGGGACCCGAUGAGAAUCUAGUAUGAUGAUUGAUCUUCGUAGUUAUGCUGAUUA